AUGUCUGACAAAUACACUCCUGGUGACGUCUCUAAAGGUGCCAGUAUCUUCAAGACCCGAUGUGCCCAAUGUCACACAUUGAAAUCGAAUGAGGGGAAUAAAGUCGGACCUGCGCUUCAUGGAUUGUUCGGUCGAAAGUCUGGAUCGGUUGAUGGCUACUCAUAUACAGCUGCCAACGUUAACAAAGGUGUUACCUGGGAAGGACAAACUCUCUUCGAAUAUCUCGAGAACCCUAAGAAGUACAUUCCCGGUACCAAGAUGGCUUUCGCUGGUUUGAAGAAGGCGAAAGAUAGGAAUGAUUUAAUUAGUUUCUUAGAGGCUGAAACUAAGUAG